GCGCGUUUACUCCCGGGAGAGGAGGCGGGCCGCAGCUCAGGCUCAUGAGGGAACCUUGGCUCCGGAUUUUUAGGACUCUCACGCGCGCGAAAACAUGAGUGAAUCCGGGGGACAGCGCGCCCGGCUGCGGCGCUAUUCAGAGAUCCCGGUGUGGGUGGUGGAGGAUCAUCAGGAGGUUCUGCCCUUUAUAUAUCGGGCCAUUGGCUCAAAGCAUCUUCCUGCAAGUAAUAUAAGUUUUGUGCAUUUCGACUCACAUCCAGACCUCCUUAUUCCUGUGGAUAUGCCAGCUGACACUGUAUUUGAUAAGGAAACACUUUUCGGAGAAUUAAGUAUUGAGAAUUGGAUUAUGCCUGCAGUUUAUGCUGGCCAUUUUUCUCAUGUAGUAUGGCUUCAUCCCACAUGGGCUCAGCAAAUCAGAGAGGGCAGGCAUCACUUUUUAGUAGGCAAAGACACUUCUACCACAACAAUCAGGGUUACAAGUACAGAUCAUUACUUCCUAAGUGAUGGUCUUUAUGUAACUGAAGACCUGCUGGAGAACCCAAAACCUUUACAAUUGGAUGUAAUUAUGGUAAAACCUUAUAAACUCUGUCACAGUCAAGGAGAGAAUGAUGCAGUGUCUUCUGCUAAGAAGCCAAAGCUAGCCCUGGAGGACUCAGAGAACACUGCCUCUGCUAAUGGUGACUGUUGUUCAGAAGGACUGGGACAGGACACAGUGACACAGACAAGGGACCACACUUGCCUACAACCAUCAUGUUCAUGUUCUUCUGAGAGCCAGGAAUGCCAGACUACAGUUAGCACUGGAGAGAUUCUGAAAAUUUUAGAGAAAAGGGAUGCAUUUGUUUUAGAUAUUGACUUAGAUUUUUUUUCAGUCAAGAAUCCCUUCAAAGAAAUGUUCACUCAGGAGGAGUACAAAAUCUUACAAGAGCUGUACCAAUUUAAAAAGCCUGGAAGCAACCUGACAGAGGAAGAUUUGGUAGAUUGUGUUGAUAAUCGAAUUCAUCAAUUAGAAGAUUUAGAAGCUACUUUUGCUGAUUUGUGUGAUGGCGAUGAUGAAGAAACUGUACAGAAAUGGGCUUCAAACCCUGGAAUGGAAUUACUAGUUCCACUGGUACAGAGUUUGAAAAAACGGAUGGAAGCACCGGACUAUGAGAUGGUUCACCAGGCUGGUCUAACCUGUGAUUAUUCAGAACUCCCUCACCAUAUCAGCACAGAACAAGAAAUUGAACAUCUUAUUCAGUCUUUGCAUACUGUUCUAAAAAAUUUCCCAAAACCUACUCUAGUGACAAUUGCAAGGUCAAGUCUGGAUGAUUACUGUCCUUCUGAGCAAGUUGAAGCCAUUCAAGAAAAAGUCCUCAGUGUGCUACGCUCCCUCUACGGGGCUCUAGACGUUCACCUGGUGUAUUCAGCAGAGUCUGCUGCACCUUGAAGCAUCACAGCACUAGGCUCCUGUUACAGCUUGAUGGAGUAACAGGGUUUUCAUUAACUGAUUUUCAAAUGAGUCUUCCAGAGAAUACCUUAAUAGUAUUGAAUAACUUUCCAUUUAAAAUUUUUCAGGUAUUUUGAAUCUCCAAACAGAUAUCACCAGUUGUUGAAUGAUGGCAAAUUUUUUUGGCAUCAAGCUUACCCCCAAGUGAUGGAUCUGAUGCUCAUCUUUCUUCCUAUCCAUCACUGUCAUCUUCACUUUUGUGAUGGGUUUUUCCUCUUUUCCCCUCUUCUGCUUAGGUCGGUUGGACUAUAUGAGAUUCAUUCAUUCAUUUAUUCAUUCAUUCAGCCAACUGACAUUUUUUGAACUCAUACAUGUGCUGGUCAUAAUUUAGUGCUGAUUAUAUGGUUACAAACAGAAUAGACAAGGCCCCUGCCCUCCUGGUGGACAGCUAAGAAACAUAUUAAGGAUUGUGAGACAUGUUAUGAAAGAAAGGAGAACCACAAACAUGUUUAAGUGUACUAUUAGUACUCAGGGCAUCCUGGCCUUACAGGAAGGUAACAUUCUCAAGCUACUACCAAAAAAAAGUAAAUAAAUAAACUUGCCAGUCCAUGAGUAUUUCCAGGAUCUGGCCGAGCUUUUACAGAAUGCUUUCAACAUUGUUGGUAUUAAGGAGGUCUAUUUGAGUAAAUUCAGUUAAACAAAAUAACUUUUCUUUGCUAAUCAAUAAAAUCCCCCAGGGUUUUUAUUCCUCCAGAUGGUGAGUAUGGGAGUCAAAUAUCCUUAUAGUUCCUAAGUGCCACUUCAUUGGCAGUCUUGGUUGAUAAUAUUUUCAAAUAUACUAGCUUUUUAUGUAAAUAGUAGGGAAAAACUUGAGUCCUUGAUUCUGAUAUCAUGAAUACCCAAGGAUGUAACUGCCUUCCACCAGCCUCUCCAUAAGUAAGAGAGCCUACCUAAGGUACUCUUGAUCAUGAAACUUUUUGUUUACAUAAUUUGCCAACAUCUUCCUCUCUUCAGUAUUCCUCAUGUUCAGUAAUCAUUUUUUAACUGCCUACUUGGGUUCCUUUAAAAAGUAGGAUGUCAUUUAAAGAAAAAACCCAUCCAGUCCUCACUUUUAGCACAGCAGUCGUUUUAAUUUUUGCACGUACCUUUCAGGACUUGCACAGGUGUUUCUGUUGGGUUGCAUGUAGCUGAAAUUAGUGUUUCCUGACUUAAUACCCAAGGUUAUGUUGCCAUUGCCAGUCAGUAGAUGGCACCAGAUCCCCUUUUUCCAAUGAUUGUAUUUUACAGCAAACCUUUCUUGUCCCUAAGUUGAUUUACCAAGACUGAUAAGUAUAAGUGCUUAUUUCUGUGUGAAAAGCAAAGCAAAGUGAUUUAGCCUUCCAUUUUGAUAGAACAUUGUAUGCCAGAAAGUGUAAUUUCCCUGUAAAAUCAGAAUUGCAAAAAGUGCUAUUUAUUUUUCAGUGUUGGAAAAAUUUUAUUACAGUUCUGUAAGUGAGGUUGCUUUUAUAAGUAAAUUAUUUUGCCUGCUAAAAUAAAUUAAAAAGUGUGUUAAGAUUUUAAAGAUUUAAAACCAAACUAUAGAACUAAUUAAUCGUAUUUGGUCUUGGUAUGUUCCUAGCAUUGAUCUUGUAAGUCUGGUUUAAUAGUCAUUUAUUAUGGGUCCCAUGAACUCAGAUGACGUUCAUCAUUGUUUUUAACUCAGGUAGAAUGAAAGGGCAUCAGUUUCCUUUUUAAGAACAUUCACAUUGUUCUCAUGCUCUGUAAUUCUCUUUGAAGAAUAAAAUUCAUUUCCUACUUGUUAAGUGGAA